AUGUACUCUAAGGAAUUGGUCGUGGCCACUCAGGCAGUUCGUAAGGCUUCCUUGUUGACCCGUAGAAUCCAAUCUCAAGUGAUUUCUAAUAGAAACAAUUCUACUAUUAUUAAAGAUGACAAAUCGCCAGUUACUGUGGGAGACUUUGCAGCUCAGACGAUCAUCAUCAAUACGAUCAAGGCGAAUUUCCCCAACGAUAGUAUUGUUGGUGAAGAAUCUGCUGAUGAUUUGAGUGAUGAGUUUUUGUCCAGGAUCUUGAGUUUGAUUAAUGAGAAUGAUGAGAUAUAUACCAGAGAUUACCCAUGCGAGGACGACGUAUAUCCUUUCAAAGACGGCCAGGAUUUCCCCUUGGCUACUACCGACGAUGUGCGCCGUGUUAUUAAUAUGGGUAAUUAUCAAGGUGGUAGAUCUGGUCGAUUCUGGUGUUUAGAUCCAAUUGAUGGGACUAAAGGGUUUUUAAGAGGCGAUCAAUUCUCUGUAUGCUUGGCAUUUAUUGUAGAUGGUAAACCACAAAUCGGAUGUGUUGGCUGUCCCAAUCUAUCUUUGGAAUCCUACGGUGGACAAGAUACUACUGGGUUUGAUAAGUUUGGUUAUCUGUAUAGAGCUCACAGAGAUCAUGGUGCGUUCAUCUCCGUGGCCAGUUUACCUAGAUUAAAUUGGUCUGCUUUGAAAUGUAAUACGCUUACUGACACCAACCAAAUGGUCUCGUUAGAAGGUGUAGAAAGAGCACAUUCAGACCAUGACGAACAAGAUAUGAUUAAGUCACGUUUAGGGAUGAAGCAGACAAGACAUUUGGAUUCGAAUGUGAAAUAUUGUCUCUUGGCAUCCGGUCUUGGCGACGCAUAUUUGCGUAUCCCAUUAACAAUGGAAUUCCAAGAAAAGAUAUGGGACCAUGCCGCAGGAAAUGUGAUUGUUCUGGAGUCCGGAGGGAUCCAUACCGAUGCGAUGGAAAACGUUCCUUUAGAUUUCGGUAAUGGUAGAACACUGGCCACCAAGGGCGUCAUUGCCACCUGUGGGCCUGCAGAGUUACAUACAAAAGUUGUCACGACUGCCGGCGAGAUCAUCAGAUCCAGAAAGCACUAG